AUGAAUCUGAUAUAGAAAAAGAGGGAAGAAUUCUUAAUCAAUAUCAGAAAAUAAAAAAGAGAAGAAGUGUUUAAAUCUAAGAGAAUAUCAAAAACACAAUAUUUACCAUUUUCUAAUACUACUACAAAGUUAUCAGAUAUUUAUUGUGAUGCAUUUUACUCAAAAUAAUUUCCAAUUGCUGUUUAAUUUGAUGAAACUAUAUAAAAAAUAUUGAAAAUAUCAGAAUUAGCAGAUACUUUUAAUGAUAAAGAUUGUGAAAAGAAUUAUGAAACAUCUUAGGAUGUCGAAAUGAUUUUUGAUAUAAUCAAUAAAGGAUAUCCAGUAUUAGAUGUAUAUUAAUUAUAUUUAUAUAAGAGAGCUUGUUUACAAAUAUUAUUAGCAUUUACACUCCCAAAUCAUUUUACCUGUAAACCUAUAGUAAAAUAUAUACCUGAUUUGUUAAAAUUUUUCAAUCAAACUCAAUAUGAAGAACUCAAAUAAACUGUUCUGUUUAUUUUCUCAAAUUUAGCAGCAGACUGUUAUUAAUGUAGAGAUGCUAUUUUAAUUUAUGAAAUACCAUAAACAAUUUUCAAAGUAUUACAUUAAUCCAAUAAUUAAUUAAUGGAUGAUCUAGCCUAAAUUGUAAUAAAUAUAUCAAGAACUCAACCAUUAAUGUCAAAUUAUCAUUAAAUUUAAAUGAUUAAAUUAUGUUGGGAAUUAUUUCCUCAUUUAUUAAAUAAUGAAUCCAUUAUAGGAAUCUUAUAACUUAUUUAUAAAAUAUGUUAGAAGGAUAAAAAUUUAUUAGAUCUAAAUUUCAUCAAUAAUCUCUGUUAAAAUAAAUAAAAUUCAGAUCUAUUUUUAAAUGAAAUAUUAUCGUUAAUAAGAAUAAUAUCAUAUUUUGAUAGAAAUAGAUAUGAAAAAAUUGAAAAUAAUAUCUUAAAUUUCCUGGUACUUAAUGUUAAUUAAACUUUGAUGAAUGGAAAAUAAGAGAAAUUUCAGUAAAAAUAAAUUAACAAAGUAUUGAGCAUAUUUACAAAUAUGAUUGUUGAAAACCCAAAAAUAAUAUAUAAUAUUCUUAAUACUAAUAUAGUGUAGCUAUUUAAAUUUGAUGAAAAAUUGUAAAAAGAUAAUAAGGAAAUCUAUGGUAAUAUAUAUUAUUAUUCUUUUUAUUAUUAGAUUAUUAGUAGUUUAAAUAAAAAUGAAUUAAAAUAAUUAAUUUAAUUAUUCUAACCGAUAUAACAAUUGAUUAAUUUAUUAGAUUAAAAUAUGGAUAAUUCAGAUAUUAUCAUAGAUAUUUUAAGAAUUAUUGAAAUAAUCAUUCAAAAUAAUAGUGAAUAAAUUUCUGUAUUUAUACAGUAAAAUGGAGAAUAAUUCUUAGCUGAAUUAUCAUAACAUGAAAAUGAGGGAGUAUAUAAUUUAUGCGAGAAUAUUUUCGAAAUUAUAUAGUGA